AUGACUGACAAAAGAUCAGACAAGGACCUGCUUGAUGGCCGACUGCUGUUCGCAAUUCCAAAAAAAGGACGGCUGCACGAGAAAUGUCUCGAGUUACUCUCCGGCGCCGACAUCCAAUUCCGGAGACACAACAGGCUUGACGUCUGCCUAGUGAUGAAUCACCCUAUGGCUCUCGUAUUCCUUCCAGCAGCAGACAUACCAUCCUUUGUCGGAAAUGGAGACGUUGACCUUGGCAUAACAGGCCACGAUGUCAUCCUUGAGGCUGGAAUGCAAGAUCAGAUAACGGAGAUUCAUCGACUGGGGUUCGGAAAAUGCGCUCUGCAAGUGCAAACUCCAGAACAUGGGCCAUUCAAAUCGGUCGAAGAUCUUGCCGGAAAACGCGUGGUUACAAGUUUUGAUGUCAUCGCGGGGGCGUAUUUUGCUGAGAUCGAUGAGCGAUUGAACCUCACUGGUGAUAAGAAAACCAAGAUCCAGUAUGUAGGCGGGAGUGUAGAAGCAGCCUGUGCUCUUGGACUCGCGGAUGGUAUAGUCGAUCUUGUUGAAUCUGGAGAUACGAUGCGAGCAGCCGGUCUGCACGCCAUUGCGACAGUACUUCAAACAGAGGCAGUACUCAUAAAAUCAAACGCUCCUCAUCGUGCCCAUCAUGCACCUCUGAUCGAUCUCAUGGCAAGCCGAAUAGCCGGAGUCCUGGCGGCGGCGAAAUAUGUUAUCUGCGAAUAUAACAUUCGUAGGCAAUCGAUAUCUCAAGCAGCAGCUAUUACGCCUGGAAGAAGAGCACCCACCAUCAGUCCUCUCGAAGCGGAAGGUUGGGUUGCGAUCAGUAGUAUGGUUGAGAAGAAGAACAUUGCAAAUACCAUGGACCAACUAGUAGAGAUUGGCGCAGAGGAUCUCAUGGUCUUCAAUCUGGAUAAUUGCAGGGUAUGA